AUGGUAGAAAAUACUCAUCCCUUUGUCGGCCAAACGCUAACAACCAUGAUGCAUCGUGGCCUCCUGAUAACAGUAGCCUUCGUGGCGACGGUGUAUGUGGCCGUGGCUGACAGUGGAUAUGGUGGACGCGGAGGCGGAAGAUUUGGAGGCGGAAACGGAGGUGGAUUCGGUGGAGGAAACGGAGGUGGAAAUGGCGGUGCCGGAGGUUAUGGGGCUAAUGGCGGAGGCGGAGUGGGAGGAGGCAGCGUGGCUCCAGGAAUCUUCCUCGGAAGCGGAAGCCUCCCAAGUGCUGGUGGCUCAGGAGGUGCUGGUGGUUUCGGUGCAGGUAGUGGCGGUUUUGGCGGUGGAAAUGGCGGUUUUGGCGGAGGAAAUGGCGUUUUUGGUGGUGUGAGUGGCGGUUUCGGCGCAGGUAAUGGCGGCUUUGGCGGUGGAAAUGGCGGCUUUGGCGGUGGAAAUGGCGGAUUUGGCGGUGGAAAUGGCGGUGGCAAUGGUGGCAGCGCUGGUGGCAGUUAUGGAAGGAAAUGA